CUGCGAUGGCCCUACGUCCGCCUCUGGGUGACAGCAAGUCCCAGGACAAGGCGAACAAUCUGCCCCAAAGUAGCUCCCAGCACCUGGCUGCCUACUACACGUCUCUCCCGGGCUACAACCACUACAGGGACCUCGCCGCCACCACCGAGGAGGAUUUUCAGCCUUUCGGGAAGCUGGCGGAGGCAAUUCCUGCGUCCCAGGCGAUGGCCCCGCUCAAUGCGUUUCGGGUGGCUCCUCCCUUGCUGAACCCGGGUCUGGCUGUGCCGAGCGAGCCACUCUACAAUCUGCCCUGGUACAACAAGCUGUCACCAUGGUACCCAAUUCCUCACUUUACUCCCGAGGUACCGCGAUUUCUAGACAGCCCUGAGUACACGCGCAGCACUUCCAGCAGCCAAAAUUUGGUCCCCAUCGGCGGCCAAAGCAACGGAGGCCAGUGGUGGGGAGCUGAAAAUCUACUUCUGCCACCCCCGGUGAUUGCUUCCCUAUUACCUGAUGGUCUGAAGACCUCCCAGUCAAUAUCGGUCCCUCAAGCCCUGAGCCAAGAGGGGAAGCUGCCUCUUCCUAGCUUCAACUUCUCCGAGGAGGAACUGCGCUUCGUUCUGUAUGGGGUCAUUGCAAGUCCCGGGCACCCAACCGGCCUACACCAUGCAAUUUCAGGCAUCCUGCUUCCCACAGACAGCUCUGGGUCUAAUCGUCUUCCUAAAACUCUGGACAAAGCCUCCCUUCAGCUUCCAGAAGGUCUCUGCCUCAUGCAGACAGAGUUUGGGGAUGUCCCACACUUUGGCGUGUUCUGUAGUAACUUCAUUGCCAAAGGAGUGAGAUUUGGACCCUUUCAAGGUAAAGUGGUCAAUGCCAGCGAAGUCAAGACACACAGGGACAACUCCAGGAUGUGGGAGAUCUUUGAAGAUGGCAGCCUGAGCCACUUUAUCGACGGAAAGGGCUCCGGGAACUGGAUGUCCUAUGUCAACUGUGCCCGCUUCCCCAAGGAGCAGAACCUGGUUGCAGUGCAACACCAAGGGCAGAUAUUUUAUGAGAGCUGCAAAGAGAUCCACCAGAACCAGGAGCUGCUGGUGUGGUACGGAAACUGCUACGAGAAGUUUCUGGAAAUUCCCAUGAGCCUCCAGGUCACUGAGCAAGGCAAGCAGGUGUCUGAGCCCUCUGAGGAGUCUACCGAAGGUUACAGAUGUGAACGCUGUGGCAAGGUGUUCACCUACAAAUACUACAGAGAUAAGCACCUCAAGUACACUCCCUGUGUGGACAAGGGGGAUAGGAAGUUUCCAUGUUCCCUCUGCCAGCGAUCCUUCGAGAAGCGUGACCGACUCCGGAUCCACAUUCUUCACGUCCAUGAGAGGCACCGGCCCUACCUGUGUUCAACAUGUGGGAAGAGUUUCUCGCAGUCUUCCAGCCUGAACAAGCACAUGCGCGUGCACUCCGGAGACAGGCCAUACCAGUGCGUGUAUUGUACAAAGAAGUUCACUGCUUCCAGCAUCCUCCGCACACACAUUAGACAGCACUCAGGCGAGAAGCCCUUCAAGUGCCGGCACUGUGGUAAGCCUUUUGCAUCCCACGCUGCCCACGACAGCCAUGUCCGGCGCUCACACAAGGAGGACGACCAUGGCUCCUGCAGCAUUUGUGGGAAAGGCUUCCUGGAUCAAGAAGCUUUCUAUGCCCACAUGAAGCUUCACAAAGACUGCUAGCCCUCCGAGAGCAGAGCCAGGCG